UCUAACUACAACAAACACAUACAAUGUUCUGGACAAAAAUGUUAUUGUAGUAAUCGAUGGAGGUUUCUUAUUGCAUCGUGUUGUAUGGCCUUCAACUUCGACGUAUGGAAAUAUCAUAGAAAAUUAUAUAAGCUACGUGAAAAGACACUAUGGAUCUAACUGCAUAGUUGUAUUUGAUGGAUACGCAAAUACCGAAUUAAAUAUUAAAAAUUCAGAAAGACAGCGACGAAAAAAUAUGUAUACGAGUACAAACAUAAUUUUUGAAGAGUCAAUGGAUGUACUAACCACUCAAGAAAAAUUUUUAUCCAACACCGAGAACAAAAUAAGGCUUAUAACAAUGUUGACUGAAAAGUUUUUGACUUCGGGUAUUCUUGUUCAUCAAGCCGAAGAUGACGCUGAUUUACUUAUUGUCAAUACAGCUAUACGAAACACCGACGAUAAUAUCCAAGUAGUGGUCAUAGGAGAGGAUAUUGAUUUACUUAUACUGUUAUUAACAUUAAGUCCUCCAAAAAACACAAUAAUAUUCGAAAAACCGGGUAGAGGAAAAAUAGAAACAAGAUCUUAUGCUGUUGGAAGUUUACAAGAACAUUUUAAAAAUGAGAUUCAAUAUUUUAUGUUUAUCCAUGCGGUGGGUGGAUGUGAUACUACUUCGUCAUUAUUUCAGACAGGCAAAAUAAAACACCUGAAAACAGUUCAAAAACACCCGGAAUUACACGAUUCAUUAUUAAUAUUUAAUAAUGAAUCGUCAUCGCCCGAAGAAAUUGAAUGUGCUGGAGAAAAAUAUCUUUUAGCAUUAUAUAAAGCUCCAGCCCAUAUUACAUCUUUAAAUAAUUUAAGACAUCAUAUUUUUCACAAAACCGCAGCUUCCAACAAAAAACAAGUACAACUAGCUAGACUUCCGCCUACUAUCGAUGCGGCACGAGAACAUUUACAUAGAGUGUAUUUGCAAAUACAGUUGUGGCGUGGUAAUAGAUUAAAUCCACAGAAUUGGGGAUGGAAAGAAGAUAAUGGCAAACUAAAUCCAGUUUUCACGAAAAAGCCACCAGCGCCGGAUACUCUUUUAAAAGUGAUCAGUUGUGCCUGCGCAAAAACAUGUGAACAAAAUUGUAGCUGUCGAAAAGCAGGAUUGCUAUGCUCGGUUAUAUGCAAGCAUUGUCACGGAGGUUCAUGUUUAAAUCAGCAACCGAUCAUAGAUGAUGUAGAAGAGGACCAUAUUGAUGACAACUUUGAGGACAAUAUCGAUGAAAUAUUUUUAAUUGGAAAUCAAAAAGAAGAAACCAACACACCGACAAUAAAAAAAAUUAGACCCACAUAAUAUAAUUAAUAAGGACCCAAAACCCAACACUAUUUUUAUAUUUAACUUCAUAGCUUAUAGUCUGAAAAAAUA